AUGGCCCCGAGAAGGAGAGCCGCGAAGGCGGUGGCGAAGGAAGAUGCGGCAGAUUCGCGACGUACGGGUCGCCUUGAGGUUAGUCCUGCCAAUGUAGGAGGACACUCGGGUCUCGUCAUGUCGACCCCAAAUGAAGCGACUCCACGGACUCGAAGCGCGAGAAAGCCUGGUCGCAAAGCCAAAUGGAGCGAGGAACAGCUGUUGACUAGCGACAAAUCCCUCCUCAUUCACCUUGAUCUGGUGAAACUACUCGCACAUCCAGACGCAUGGAAUUGCCUCGAGGAAAGCGAGAAGCGCGAGAUCCUGGAUCUGCUACCUCCAGAUGUACAUCCGGAGGCACAAGCUAUCCAGGACGACUCAGACACAAAAAUACCACCAAUCCCCGACUCCUUCACCCGAUAUUCCAACAACUGGAGAGAUGGCAUUCGACAGUUCCAAAUCGACCUCGAAAACGGUCGCUACGACUCUGAAUGGCUACAUCAGGCCCAGGAAGCCAGACAGCAACGCGAAAAUGGCGAAUUUGACGAAUUCAAAGAGCGCGAAUACGAGCAGUUUUGGGGCCAAAAACAGAACGUUAACUGGAAUGCAAAUGCUGGAGAAAGUGCGCGUGUGAAGAUGAGGACCCUUAUCGAUGAGGGCGUUAUCCAGCUGGGCGAUGUUUGGAGAUUCACCUAUGUGUAUGGCAAGGGCGCAGAUAGGAUUGUUAUUGAUAAGGAGACUAGGAUUCAUGAAAUCAACGGGGCGAAAUUGACUUUCGCGAUCCCAGCUGGCGAACGAGUCUUUCUUCGUGAUACGUCUCGCAAAGACGAGCACCCGUCGACGCCGGAGAAGGGAAACAGUAACAUGAAAUUCAAUGUCGACGAAGAUUUACAGCCAGUGGCAUUGCCUUCGGGCGACGGGGAUAUGAAAGUUGAUGAAGAUACUGAACCACAGCAACUGAUAUUACCUCCGAGUAAUGCAGAUGUGAAAGUCGACAAAGACACACAGAAUCGACCACUUACUCCACCUCCAGAUGAUCAAAAGAUGAGAGGCGAGGACCCAGCAACACACAUAAACACCACGUCUUCCACCCCCAGAGAGGCAGAACUUGAUGUCGCUCAUGUGUGCCAGGAGGUUCCUCUACUUCAAAGCGAUGAGAUGAACAUGGGCACCGACUCAAAUACACAACAACUCGUCCCUUCCUCCAACAACGAAGAGAGCCAAGGAGAUCCCCCGGAAUUCAGGCUUGUCGUCGUCAGCCCGGGUUCGAAGGACCAGGCAUCGAAGCGCACGAUUCCUGACCCCGAAUCCCAGCCUCCGAAACGCAAGCGCGGACGACAGCCCAAAAGAUCAAAGCAGCCCGUGUCCGACCUGCCCCAGGAAACGACGGUGAACCAAGCCGAUGAACGAGACAAAUCGGAGCCUCCUCUCUCUGUCACGUCCAUAUUGGAAGCCAAGAUUGCCGAAAGCCAAAGGGUUGCUGCAGAAACUGCACAUCCGGAGCAUUCGCACCCAGUACCUUCUCAACAGGAACCAUCCUGCCUACCGUGCUCCGCUCCCGAGUCCCCGCGACCUGAGUCGCCUACCCCAGUAAAGGAGCCGUACAUUGCUGCCGUCAAUACAAACCUCAAAGCCGAUACCACAGAACAAGCUAUGACGCUCGAUUCAUCCAUGGCCCAGUUCGAUACUGUAAUGCAUGGUGCUGAGGUAGAUCACCAUGGAUUUGGACCCGACCCAGCUACAGAACAACAUCAGGACACUAUGGCACAGGCCGAUACUGCCAUGCCGGCUGCUGAUGCUGGUGUUGAGGCUGAUCAACGUGAGCCUGAUACGAACCCAGUUACUGUCCAAUCUCAAAUCUCCGAUGAGCCAGACGAAAUUGUCCCCGAUAUCCCAACACCACAAGCACUCGUCGUGAAGAUCCUACAGAUUGAUGGCCGCAUACGGGACUGGCGACCAAGAAACUCCUGGAAAAUAAUCCGAUGUUACCGAGACAACCAGGACAUGGGGAGUCUCUCUGACUUGCGAGAGGCUUGGUUCCUUCAAUACGGCGGGGAAGUAUAG